AUGAGAUUCUUCUUGAUUGCUUCAACUUUCUUCGCUGUUUCUUCAGCUUUCUUAUUCGGUGCCCUCGGAGGAGGAGGCGGCGGUGCUGGAUGUGGAUGUGGUGCUCGACCACCCCCACCCCCACCUCCACCUUGUGGAGCUAUUCCUCCACCACCAGUUGCCGUCGGAUGCGGAGGAGGAGUUCCCCCACCCCCACCCCCACCCCCACCAGCCGCUUACGUUCCCCCACCUCCACCACCUCCACCACCAGUUGCUACUGGAGGUUAUGCUGCUUCCCCAGUUGGUUUCAGCGGAGUUCCACCUGCACCACCAGUCGGAGGAUAUGCCCCACCACCACCACCUGUUGCUGUUGGAGGAGGAGCUUAUCCAGUCGGAAAGUAA